GGUAAUUGUACAGGUUAGCUAUAUAAUCUUACUAUAACGAUAGUACAUGUUCAACAUAUGAAUACGCAAGACCAGUUAACAAGUUUGAAUAUACUAUUCUAUUUUAUAAUUUUAGGUUCCUGUUGACUUUCAUAGGUGAUAAGGUUGCUUUAUUUUAAGGCAAUGACACGAUGGUUCGAGUUGAAAUGAUUACACCUGUUUUUUGUUUUCAAUUACCGGUAGUUUACUAACCUAUCGUUCAAUGUACUUGAAAAUGUUUCGUUUUAGUUUCUAUAAAUAAUGUAACACACAAGCUUCAGGAGGACUGAACUCGGCGCUUCAUUGUGUAGGAGGACAAUAUGUUAAUAAGAGAGUAUCGAAUCCCUCUACCUUUGACACUGGAUGAAUAUAAAAUUGGGCAGCUGUUCAGUGUAGCCGAGUUAAGCAGAAUGGAAACGAAAAAUGGAGAAGGAGUCGAGUUUCUAACGAACGAACCGUUCUCUGGUCAUCCAUUGUUCGACAAUAGGUUCGAUUCUGGAACUCACACGUACAAGAUAUACCGAUUAACAAGUAAGUUUCCCUCUUUCAUCAGACUUCUCUUCGACGGAAACACCAUGGACGUACACGAGGAGUCUUGGAACGCUUUCCCUUAUUGUAGAACCGUAGUCACCAAUCCGGGUUACAUGAAGAAUAAUUUCUCCAUCAUUGUAGAAUCGAUGCAUGAAAACGGCAGAGCCGAGAACGAUAAUGCGCAUUUACUAAAUCCUGAGGAACUGGAGAAAAGAACUGUCGUGACUGUCGACAUUGGCAAUGAUCCUUGCACGAAGUGCGACUAUGACAAGGAAAAUGAUCCUUCAAGAUUUGUUUCCCUUAAAACCGAAAGGGGUCCGCUCAAAGACGACUGGAUCUCCACUGUCAAUCCUAUAAUGACUUGUUAUAAGCUGGUUAGAGCUGAAUUCAAGUGGUUCGGUUUGCAAAAUAGGGUGGAAAAUUACAUUCUUGACACAGAACAGAAGUUGUUCUUGAGGUUUCACCGUUAUCUGUUCUGUUGGAUUGACCGAUGGUUCGGCCUCGAUAUGGAUGAUAUCUGUCAAAUGGAAGAGGAGAUAAGAGUAAAGCUGAGUAUUCAGAUGCGAAAUCAGCGUAUCGUUAAAAAUGAAUCUCUUCAUGGAAUUUUAUCAGAAAUAUGAGUCCCCAAAGUGGUAUUUAUAUUGAAAUAAAUCUAUAAAUUAAUUGUUUUUUACUGUCAUGCCAGUUUAA